UGUGUGUGUCUGGGAGUAUAUAUACGGCUGUCCCCCACGCAUUAGGUCCGUCACCUUCCAGCUUCUAUUCCAUCAACAAUGACAAACGAGGUUGUGAUGUUGUUGGCCCUCGUGGCGGCCACUCUCGCCAGCCCCAAACCUGACAGAAUGUACAGCGCCCCAUCAUACAAUGCCAACAGCCACCCUAUGCCGUCCUACGAAGCCUCAGUCCACCCUAUGCCAUCCUAUGAAGCUCCCUCCCACGCUAUGCCAUCUUACGAAGCCCCUUCCCACCCUAUGCCAUCCUACGAAGCCCCCUCCCACCCUAUGCCAUCCUACGAAGCCCCCGCCCGCUCCACACCAUCCUACAACGCUCCCGCCCGCCCCACUCCAUCCUACAACGCUCCAGCCCACCCCACUCCAUCCUACAACGCUCCCGCCCAUCCCACUCCAUCCUACAACGCUCCCGCCCACCCCACUCCAUCCUACAACGCUCCCGCCCACCCCACUCCAUCCUACAACGCUCCAGCCCCUGCCUACGACCGCUCCGCUCCCGCUGAGGGUCCUGCUCAGUACGACUUCACCUACGUCGUAAGGGACGACAACUCCGGCAACGACUUCGGUCACCAGGAAGCUCGUGACGGCUACAACACUCAGGGCUCUUACUCCGUGCUGCUGCCUGACGGUCGUUUGCAGAGGGUAACUUACUACGUCGACGGUGACUCCGGCUACGUGGCUGAGGUGACCUACGAGGGUGAGGCUCAGUAUCCUGCCUACCAGCCCGCCCCAUCUUACCGCCCCGCCCCUGCUCCUGCCCACCAACCUGCCCCAGCCUACCGGCCUGCCCCAGCUUACCAACCUGAACCUACAUACGCGUAAAGAUACCACUCCGAAUCAACGACUGAGAUUAUGAAUGUAUUUAUGAUGUGAGAUUCUUCAGUAAAAGCUUCCAAAAUA